GACCCUACCGGAUUCGUGGCUCUUUCUCUAUUUCCAGCUUUGGAUAUUGGUGAAUGGUGAAGAAAGUUGCAGAAGAAGAAGCAAUAAAUCUUCUAAAAGUUUGCAACUUUCUCACAAUUUAAUUAUAAAGAAGUUUCUAAAUUUGUUUCAAUGUCUCACACCUUGCAAUUGUUAUCAUUCACUUCAAGUACAUUCAAUUCUUCACUGAAGUUGAAGAGAGUUAGACCUCGUUGUUUUCAAAUCUUAUGUUCUUCUGAACAUUCAAGUUUCAAAGAGGAUGAUAAUGGAGGAGGCGAAGGCUUAUCGCGGGUGAUAUUGGUGGAGAGAUAUAGCAAUGGUACUGCUAAGAGAUAUGUAUUAGGAGAUGAUUUGCAGUUGCGAACCAUUCUUAUUGAGGAGGAUAGGUCUAUGGCAAACAGGUUUGGUGUUUCCCAUUCUCCUGAUAAAAGACUAUCCUGGCUUCCAAAGAUGAUUAAAGAUUUUAUUCUACCUGCAGGCUUUCCUGCAUCAGUCUCAGAUGAUUAUUUGCAGUACAUGUUACUACAGUUCCCUACCAAUGUGACUGGAUGGAUAUGUCACACCAUAGUCACUUCAAGUCUCCUAAAGGCGGUUGGUAUUGGUUCUUUCUCUGGAACCACAGCAGCUGCUUCUGCUGCUGCCAUCAGAUGGGUCUCAAAGGAUGGCAUUGGAGCUGUCGGGCGCUUAUUCAUUGGUGGACGGUUUGGAAAUCUUUUCGAUGAUGAUCCGAAGCAAUGGAGAAUGUAUGCAGAUUUCAUUGGCAGUGCUGGAAGCAUUUUUGAUCUGACAACCCAGUUAUAUCCUGCCUAUUUCCUUCCUUUGGCAUCUCUUGGAAAUCUUACUAAGGCUAUAGCAAGAGGACUAAAAGAUCCUUCUUUUCGAGUGAUUCAAAACCACUUUGCAAUUUCAUCAAAUGUAGGAGAGGUAGCAGCAAAGGAAGAAGUUUGGGAAGUGGUAGCUCAAUUGGUUGGCCUUGGUUUGGGCAUAUUGAUACUGGAUACACCCGGUCUUGUAAAAUCAUAUGCUGUACUUUCAUCAACUUGGUUGAGUGUGCGACUUCUUCAUCUUUGGCUACGUUAUGAAUCACUUUCAGUUCUCCAGUUUAACACGAUAAAUCUUAAGCGUGCUCGCAUACUGGUUAAAUCACAUGUUUUACAUUCCACCGUUCCAGGAUGCAUGGAUUGCAACAGGGAAGAGGAUAUAUUAGCUUGGUCACAGUUCAUGAAGCCAAAAAUAAUUUUUGGUUCACCCUUAGAGAAGAUGGAUGGCAUGGAGAAAUCUCAUUUUAUGGUAGGGGCUCUUCUAAAAUUAUAUGCAAAUGAGAAAUAUAUUCUUGUGGUCAAUCAGCAGCUAGAUGAUUUGAAGUUUUAUGUUUCUUUCAAGGUUGGAGCUACAAGUAUAUCUGUAUUGCGAAGUAUUUGGCAGACAUUCUGGCUUAGUGAGUACUGGGAGAGCAAGGGCAGUGUUUGUGAACAACUUGCCAAUAGCCUAAUUGAAUUGGAAAAUAGGUUUGACGAUUUCAUUCAAAAGUUAAAAGGUGCUAAAUGGGAUACACAGCAAUUAAAUUUGAAGGUCCCCAAAGAAAUCUCAAUAGAUGAUAUUAAUACUUUUUAAAUUCUAAAAUGGUCGAGAUGAAAAUACUUCAUAUUUUAUAACGCAGAAGUUCUCGAAAGUCGUAGCCUAAAAUUUGAUCAGCCAAAUUAUUCAUUGUAUUAGCAGAUUAACAAGCAUGCAUAACAAUAUACUUAUAGUAUUAGGUCACUGUAUGCCAUGUACUAGCUUUGACAAUGCCUUAUUGGGAAUGCUCCUGUUGUAAAUAAUAUGUUUAUUAAUUUUGUUCAAAAUCCUUAAUGUUUGCAA